GGGCGGAGCUCUGGGCGCAUGCUUGCCGGAUUUUUGUAAACAAAGAGCGAAAAGAUUGUUUUAGAAAUCCCAUAAUUACACCUAGUUGUGUUCAAUAAAUACUCUAUCAUAAUUAAUUUUCUUAAUUAUUACCGAUUUUCACACGAGGUUUUUUAUUGAGAUCACGAAUUUUGUAAAUGGAUUCUGAAAGCCGUGAUUUUUCGUCCGAUGAACCACCAGCUACAAAAAUACCAAAAAUUGAAGACGAUGGACAUGGAGAUGAAGGAAGUGCCACAAGCGGGACUUUGUCAAAAUCCCAAUUAAAAAAACUGAGGAAAAAAGAAUUUUGGGAAAAGAAAAAACUUAUUAUAAGAGCAAAAGAAAAAGAAGCUGCCAAAGAAAAGAGAAAGAAUGAUAGAGCUGCUGGAAUCGUCUCAACGUCCAGUAGGAAAGAUCUUAAAAAUAAGACGAUGGCUUCGAGCGGCUGUAAUGUUUCAGUAGUUAUCGACUUAUCAUUUGACGACAAGAUGGACAAGAGAUCAAUCGAAAAAUGCAUCAAGCAGCUCUUGAGAGUCUACAGUUUAAAUAGGAGAGCUGAGAACCCUAUGCAGUUAUAUUUUAAUAGCUUGUCAGGCAGUUCGUUGCAAGAGAUGAAAAAGCACCAAGGAUACCUAAAUUGGGAUGUUAAUAUCUCGGAAAAGAGUUAUAUCGACACGUUUGAUAAGGAAAAAAUAAUUUAUCUGAGCAGUGAAUCGGAAAAUAUUCUAGAUAAGCUUGAAGAUGACAAAGUUUAUGUGAUUGGUGGAUUAGUUGAUCAUAACGCACACAAAGGUUUAUGUCACAAAUUGGCGGUUGAAAAAGGUAUAAAACACGCUCAACUGCCUAUAGGAGAGUACUUGACACUGAAAGGCCGUAGAGUUCUCACUAUCGACCAUGUGUUCGAAAUCCUCUUAAAUGUCAGUGGUGGAGCAACUUGGAAAGAUGCUUUCCUCAAAAUAAUUCCAAAGAGGAAAGGCUUAGAAGAGAAAAGUGAAGCAAAAGAAGACGCAUCUGAUCAACAGUGACAGAAUUAAGAGAUGAAAAAUUCGAAAAAUUCAGUCUGUCUUGAAGUCAAUGUUGAGCGCUUUUGUUAACAAAAAUUUAAAAAGAAAAAUAAUGUAAUUAUAUCAAUACCUAAUAAGAACUUUAUUGGUAAAAGCACAUGAACUUUACACAUUAGUAAGUUUUUUUUAUUUAAAAC